AUGAUGUCUUCCACGAACAUCAGUUUGGAAGAAGACUCUGGAGUCAUAAAAUCAGGCCCUGUAGUCGCUGGUUUCGCACCAAUCAAGUCGAGGAAAAGUUACUAUGCCGUGUUAUGUGAGCGCGCCUUGGAACUACAUGAUAGCGAGAAGACGUACAGAAAGGGCAAGCCUGCUCGUUAUCUCAUUGAUCUGUCAAUAGCCUUCAAUCUACACAAUGAGCAUUUGGAUCCGAAACUGAAAAGGUGUGUCUGUUUGAUGGGACCUGAUGAGACGUUGUGUCUAAAGGUAGAUGACGCUGGUAAAGGAGGGGAUGAAGGACGCCAAAAUGCAGAGUGGUACAACGCCAUUAUGUCUGCCCUCAUCCCAUCCAGAGUCCUUCGUUUGGGAAGACCUAUACAACCGCAGGAAUUCUUCGGUAAUGUUAACCUUUAA